UGACAGAUGCUAAAGGUGCGAGAAAAAGUGUUAACGUAUUCAGUGUUCACCUAUUUACGCCUUAUUUAAGAACUUAUAAUCCCGGGAAAACAAGAAUAAGAUUGACACGAGUGAGACAACCAGAGGAAACAAGACCGCAAGUGCCAAGUGCCAUGAAGAUAGCACGGACGCUCUUUGGCCCCCGUGCCCCAGACGGCUACUCAGAUGGCACAACCCAGGUCCAUGUCGACACAGCUGUGGAUGAGGAUGAGAAUGAUGAGGUGUUCCUCCCUGAUGCUCCAGAAGGGCUGACGACAGGUAUCAGCAUUGGCAGAAGUUGUGGAGGAGUGACAGAGCCCUGCAUUGGGGGUCCCUUUUCGGCCAUCACCCCUUCCAUGUGGCCCCAGGACAUUCUCCUGAAGCUGUCACAGCAGGACCAGCAUAUUGAUCCCAACCAUCAGCCAGAUUAUAGGUUUGAUGAGUUUGGUUUUCGUGUAGAGGAGGAGGAUGGCCCUGAACAGAGUAGUAAGAAGCUACUGAGUCAGCCAUUUGUUGAGGAUCCGCAGCACAGAUUGCAGUGGAUAGCAUACCUGGAGUUUAGCCACAGCGAUGAGGUCGGGGAGUUGACAUGGGACCACGUUGAUGUGCGGCUGCCAAGGACAGAUAAGUUGAGGGGGAUGGUCAAGAAUGGGGUCCCUCACUCCCUACGACCGCAGUUGUGGCUGAGACUCUCUGGUGCCCUUCAGAAGCAGCAGCAGUCAGACAUAUCCUAUCGAGAUGUGGUGAAAGCAUCGAGCAAUGAUGCCCUCAUGACUAGCAAACAAAUAGAAAAGGACCUCUUGCGCACUAUGCCCACCAAUGCAUGCUUUUCGCAACUCACUUCCACGGGCAUUCCACGACUGCGGCGGGUUUUGAGGGCCCUUGCCUGGCUCUACCCUGAUAUUGGGUAUUGCCAAGGUACGGGGAUGAUUGCUGCAUCUCUACUGCUUUUCUUAGAAGAGGAGGAAGCUUUCUGGGUAAUGUGUACUAUAGUGGAGGAUCUGCUGCCUGCUUCCUACUACUCCUCAACUCUGCUGGGUGUACAAGCAGAUCAGCGUGUGUUGGCUGCCCUGGUGUGUACCUAUCUGCCUGGAGUGGAGUCUGUAGUACGAGAACAUGACAUUGAACUCUCUCUCAUCACCUUGCAUUGGUAUGUGACCCUUUUUGCCUCAGUGCUUCACAUGAAGAUCCUCCUGAGGGUGUGGGACCUGUUCUUCCUGGAUGGAUCCAUUGUGCUUUUCCAGGUCACUCUUGCCAUGCUGAAGAUUAAGGAGGCAGAGCUCCGUAGCCUUGAGAAUUCAGCACAGAUAUUCAAUGCACUGUCAGAUAUUCCAGGGGAUAUUGAUGAUGUUGAUUGCUUGUUUAAGGUAAUGGAUAAUGUAUGUGGGAGCUUAACAGAUGUAAUGGUUGAGACCCACCGCCGACGCCACCUUGCAUAUCUUAUGGCUGAUCAUGGUGCACUUAUCAACCCAGAUCACUCUACAAACCUCCCCAAGCAACAGCUAAACAGGCGACAAGUUAGCAAGAGUAAAUCUAUGCUGGAGCUGAUAUUAUUUGGUGAUGACUGCAGCAAUGAUGACCUUCGUAACAAAAAUAUCCGCCAGACUGAGUUGCUUGUAGAUCUGCGCGAGGCAAUUCUACAAGUAGGCAGGCAUUUUCAGAGUGUUGAGCCAGCCUUCAGUUCAGUGUCCCUCACUCCAGACUAUUCCUUGGAGUCUCAUGCACAUGACUUACCUGAGUUUUUAGCAACAGCAAGAUCCAGACACAGAAGAGCAAAGGCAUUACUUGAUUUUGAACGCCACGAUGAUGACGAGUUGGGUUUCCGUAAGAAUGACAUCAUUACUAUUAUAUCCCAGCGUGAUGAGCACUGCUGGAUAGGAGAACUGAAUGGAUUAAGAGGCUGGUUUCCCGCAAAGUUCGUAGAAGUGUUGGAUGAGCGUAGCAAGGAGUACAGCAGAGCAGGUGAUGAUGCUAUUAAUGCUAUUGUAACUGAUCUUGUGCGUGGGACUCUAUGCCCAGCCAUCAAGGCAAUAUUGCAACAUGGAAUGCAGCGCACAUCUCUCUUAGGAGGCCCUUCUCAUCCCUGGCUGUUUAUUGAAGAAGCUGCGGCAAGGGAAGUAGAAAGAGAUUUCUCAUCGGUAUAUUCACGCUUAGUGCUGUGCAGGACAUUCAGGCUCGAUGAAGAUGGCAAAGUCCUCACUCCAGAAGAGUUGCUGUAUCGAUGUGUGCAAGCCAUUAAUGUAAGCCACGAUGCAGUCCACGCACAAAUGGAUGUUAAACUGCGGUCCCUGGUCUGCUUAGGACUAAAUGAGCAGGUGUUGCAUCUCUGGCUGGAGGUCCUCUGUUCGAGUGCUGAUGUCGUAGAACGAUGGUAUCAGCCCUGGUCUUUUCUAAAGUCCCCCGGCUGGGUGCAGAUCAAGUGCGAGCUGCGAGUGUUGGCACAGUUCCCUUUCACACUGAACCCAGACUGGGAACUGCCCCCUCCCCCCAACCAGGAUCAGAGGCCGCUGCGAGAGGGCGUGCGGGACAUGCUCGUCAAACACCAUCUCUUCUCUUGGGACCUGUAGCAUUGGUAGUCCUUUUUUUAAAACUGACUUUAAAAGUCGAUUUGGAGUUUGGAAGUAUUUUUAUAGUCUGAUUACAUUUUAAAGAAAUGAAAUGCCAUUCUGUGAAAUGAAAUGACAUACUUACAAAUUACAUACCACAUUUUUUUUUCAUGAUUCUCAUAAAACAUGAUUGUCGCAUUGAACAUCUACUUGCUUGUAAAAGAAAAAAAAGAUCUGAAAAAGUGGAGGCAAAUUUUCUUCAUAUUCUUUGCAGUGUUUGAUUCAACUCCCUUUUCCUUUAGACUGUGUUAAGGAAACUACUCCAGGUACUUUUCAUUUAUCAUCCUUGUUAAUAGAAGAUUAAUAUUGUUAUUAUAUUUUUUUCUAUACAGCAGCACAGUAUUAUAUGGUAGAACACUCAUAACAUUAUCUCUAAGACUCCUUGUACAGUUUUAAUCUUAAGAGUACACAUCACCAAGCAUUCUUAGUGUACAUUCAUGUGCCAUGCCAUAUGCUGCAGAAAUAUAGUAAUUUACUCUUUACUGAUAUAAAUGUUACCUCUUUUUUAAUAUUUAUUGAAAGCUUUAGUUUCAUUCAUUAGCUACUUACAUAAUGCAGGGGAAUUAAAGUGCAUCUCAUGGGUGAGAGUAUUUCUGAACACUUGUCACACUUGUGGGCAAACUGAGCGGUAAAUGAGCUCCAGCAUCAAUUAGGAAUCUUCAUCAUUCUAACUAUUUCUGAACUUAUUAUUUUGCAAGAAGAAACAUAUUUUAAUAGUUUCAGACAUUUGGACAUUUUUAGAAGUGGAAAUUAUUUUUAUUUGAUAAUUUGUAAAAUGUUAAAGAUCCUGAGAGUUAUCCUCUGGAUUAUGAUGCCAGAAUUCAUUGGUUCAAGUUAUCAAUUAUUGAAUUUUUAUUCAUGAUGAUCACACAUACGCUAAAUCAUCUGUUCUUGUGCUAUUUGCACUACUCAUUGAUAAUGAGAUUCCUAUUUUAUAAAUGAGGUUAAAUUCAUGUCUACACUGGCUGCUCUGGUAAAGCCUAUUUGAAUUUUUGAUUUUUUUUUAUGAUUACUUUUCAAUACAGUAUUGUUUAUUCAUUGAGUAUUUGUAGGUUUCAUUCCAUAUAAAAAGUGACUGUUGAUGUAUGUUCAACCUUUAGUUUAUUAACUUGCACAGUUCUUCAGCUCUACAUAACUGAAACAUUAAUAAUAUGGGGCAGUAGUGAUAGUACUUUAAUUUGUUUUGUUUUUAUUUUAUUCUAUUUUAUUUUUUUUUUUACUUCACAAGUGCCUUUAUCUGCUUCUUGGUCCAGAAAGUUAUUGAGCAGAUUGAUUAUGAAUGGAACAGGAGGUUUUUAUGUAUCAUGAAAUUUGAUAUUGAUAUUUUUAUUUUCAAAAAUUGUAGUCUAAGUUUGUUGAGGUCUGUGAUCUUACUAGGUAAUUUGGAGAGAAUUCAGUUGCUGAAAAGAGCGGCUCUCUGAGCCAUAAUUGAUGAAUAUUUUUGCAAAGUUUAGAUGGCUUUACUGCUAAGAAAGUGAGUGAGUUUGCACCUUCAUGGGACUGCUAUGUUUAAAUGUCUCUUUGCUCUUCCAGAAGUCUCAGGAUUUUAACUGGAGUAGCUACAUAUUCAGACUCAUUAUGAUUAGAAAGGACAUCAUUUAUUUUGGUUAUUACUAAUGCUUCUCAUUCUUUUAUUCUCAUUAUGUGCCUAGACUUGGCUUGCUUGUACUCAUUUAAUGUCAAUGUGUGUACAGUGUCAAUCCAUUGACAUCGUACACACAUGCCAUUUCCAUUGUUAUUUAGUUUGUAAAUUUUGUUUAUAUUUUGAUGUCUUAAUAAGUGCUUAGUCACCAAGGAGCCCUACAAGAGCUCUCACCUUGUAGGUGAUUAUCUGAGAUUUAAAAAAAAUAUUUUUAUUUCUGUAGGUAUUGGUCAUACUGUUAGUAAUGAUUAUGAUAGUGGUGACAAUAUUAAUAGUAACAGAAGAAAUCCCCAAAAUUAAAAGAAUCAGGCAAGAUCACAGGGGCAUCAUUUCAAAUGAUGCUCAUGUAAGAUCAUGUAGUCCAACAAAUUGUCUUCUUGGUUACUAAGCACAUGUGGCACCAUCUGUGUAAACAAAUUCACAAACUAAAACUACAGAGGACAGGGCAUAUACCCAACACCAAUGGGUUUAAAAUUUGUAUUUGCAGUAGUGAGAUAGAAUAAUCACCAAUCAAAGAGGUGAUUUUUAGAAGUACACUAAGAGGUUAGAAUCAUGUGACAUACCAUAGUAUUAAAGCUACUACAGAACAGUGUCUGAACUUGUUGAAACUUUGAUAUUUGGCCAUGUAGCACUUUGAGAUUAGAAGAGUUAGGCUCUCUCUGCUAAGUGUACAUAGAUAAGAGCAGUCAAGCCAUGAAAUGUGUGAUUCCUUAUGAUAGGAUUUCAUGUAUAAAGCUCCAGUUUUUAGACCGAUAUCAAAACCCAAGGCUGAUGAGGAGCCUUUUUUUUGUGCUUGCACUAUUUAUAAAAGAUUACAAUUUAUGUUAGGAUGAAGGGCUGAUUAUUAAUAUAAAUGAAUUUUCAAAAGCAUUGUCAGAUUGGAUCCAUUAGUAUGUCAGAGCUCACAGAUUGAUGUUGAGUCUGCUGAAUUGUAGCUUUAUUUAAUCUCAUGGCACUGAAUUGCCUGAGCUUUCAAGUCUUGAACAGUAUGUAUUUUCUUGCAAGGGUAAUUAUCUAGGCCUUAGGAAUGAAGAAUGCCAUCCAAGUACAUCAUGUUAUGUUGGAGUAGCUAAAAGCUGUAACUUUUUAGGUGAAAAAUAGACCUAUAGCAGUUCUAAUGCUGAUAUUACUGAAAGGAUAUUCUCCUUAGAUUCACAGUCAUGCAGAUUUUAAAACUUAUAGGGACGCUUGACUAGAUUUCGUAGAAUGUAUUUUUUUUUUUUUUUUUUUUUUUUUUUUUUUUUUUUUUACCAUUGUUUGUCCUAAAAGAUUCAGAACUUCACUUGCCUACUUUAUAAUUCUCAGGGAUCUUCUUGGGAGGAACUUCUCUUGUAAGCUAGGAUGCAACAACUUAGGAGAUUUAUUCAUGAGUGAUGCAUGCACUAGGUAUAUUUGCUUUUAUUGAUCACUGUAUGGUUUACUGGUGUAUGCCUAUUCCUUAUUAUUCAAAACAGAGUUAUGACUAGCUGAUUUGUUAAUUCACAAUAUAACUUCAUUCAGAAGGUAUUAUUUGCUAAAAUUAAGGUUAUUUUAUUUUUAGCAUUCCAUCUUACUUUGCCAUGUAGAAAGAACAAACUUUGAUUUGUAUAUCAUGUUUUUACCAUGAAUUGAACUGAUAGUGAUUACCUCCUAUAACAAUUGUGCAUCAGGGUACGAUGUUGUUCCUAUAUUUUGACUUACUCUAAUGACUGGGAUUUCUUUUAUAUCUAAAGGAAAAGGGAGUCUUUAGACACACUGCAGAAUGCCCUACUCACUAACAAAGAAAAAUAUGUGUUGUGCUACUUUGCAAUAGCAAAAAAGUACCUGUGGUUUGUACUUACAGCUAUUGGUGUCAGUUUUUUUGUUUUUUGUUUUCAGGAUUAUAUAUUCCAGUAACAUAUAUGUGUGUAUCUUAAGAUUAUGUAGUGAGCAUAUUUGGAUUAAUUAUGCAGUUUAAAAUUUGCUAUUAAGUUUUCCAGUAAUACCAAUUUUAUACUUACUGUCACUACUGUUUGUGUCACAAAUAUCAACAUUUAUGCAGUACACAUAGGCUUUCACUCAAAUGCAAACUUACAAACACAGACACAUACAGAUGUGUGCCUAUAUCAAUUGUAUAUUUAAUGUUUUUGACAUACCUGAUAGCAAUGGCUUAGUUAUACAGCUCAGUUAUAGGAUACCUUUUAUUUUGAAAUUAUUAGAUUUUCUCUCUAAUUUUGUAUCUUUUCUUAAAGGAAAGAAAUGGUAUGAUUCUUGAUGAAUAUGCUGUGAAAUUUAACCUCAAACCAUAUCCUGUGAAGUGAUUAUGUAACUGGAUGAAUGCCAUCCCAAUACUUUCCAAAAAUUAUCCUCCAAGAUUACACGUGUAACCGAAGAAUUCAUGUAAAAAGAAUUGUAGUCUUUAUAACCAGAAAAUGAUGUUGGGUGUAGCACUUCAUGGCUUCUGCUGUGUUUCUCUUAAGGCUAUACUCUUUAGCUGCAAGUCCCUCCAUAUAACUAAUUGUAGCCAAUGUUAGUAUGAGGUCAGUCUUGCCAUUGUAGAGAUGAAUAUAUGCUAGUUGGUAGGACAUUUGAGUAAACAAAGUUAUGAAUAAUCAGGAUAUAUUUAUGAAUAUACAUGGGAAUGUUUUUGUCAGACCUCUCCACAUGUAUAUUUAUACAUACGUAUAAGACAUACAAAUGCAUGCAUAUAUGCACAUGGACACACACACACAUGCAUGCAUACACGCACACAAGCACACAAGCACACACGCACACUUGCACUCGC